CCUUGAGGAGGCAGCGUCUCAGCCAAUCAUCUGCGGCGACACACUCUAAGCUCGGCCAAUCGGGUGCAGAGCCCAGCGUCUCGCUGGGCAACCCAGAAGGAGAGGAGGUCAGAGGCACUGGAGACGGACAGAGAAGAGAAGGUCUGCAGUUGUGUGUGGUUCUAGUUCGGUGAUGAGGUCUCGGAGCUACAGCUCUGACGCGGCAGGUCCAGAGCCUCCACCUGCCGGUUCCUCCCUCAGCAGCAGCGAUGAAGACUCGCCGAGCGGCACCUCAGCACCAGACUCUCAGACCGACCUGGAGAGUCUGGCCAGCUGGGACUUGGACUCGUGCUCAGACCAGCGCGCCGUGCUCUCAUUGUCCCAGAGAGUCCAGGUGAACCGCAGCAUCCUGCAGCAGCUGCUGAAGAACCAGGAGCUGCAGGCCGAUGGCGACCAAUCCGGACCCCGAGGUUCAGGUCCUCACAAGCACAACGUCUUUGUGUCGUCGCAGUUGCCGCGGCAGCAGCAGCAGUGUGAGUUCAGAGCUCGUAUGAAGCGCCGCUGCGUCCCUCUGAGAGCCGACCACAACCUGCUGACCCCCGCCGCACAAACACUAUCGGGGGUCAGACUGCGACCCGUCACCCAGGCGAGGUCAGAGGGAGCCCCACUCUCAGGUCACGACAGCGACUCAUCCAGCAAUGAAUCAGCUCUGGGACUGACUCAUCGGCGCCUGCGCUUUGAGGAUGAGACCGAGACCGACGUGGAAUUCCGUUACCAGGAGCGCCAGCGGCAGAGGAGAAGGUCGGCGCAGCAGCCGUCGGGAGUUCUGGCGUCCAAACCGGAUCUUAACCUCUACAUAGAAGGGAGGGCGGUGAACGACGCUGGCAGACUGGACGGGAGAGGCAUCAAUCAAUGCAACACUUGUGGGACGAUAUUAGGGGACUUAGAUGUGCGGCUCCACCCGACACAUUCAGAACGACGAGGGCCGAGCCAGAGCAGGAUGAACUUGUGGACCGAGCCCAUCAGAGAGACUUACAUUGGUUCAGUCAAGCUGCCCGACACCAGAAGGGGGGCGUUGGGAGUGCCGAAGAUGAAGGUGAAGAGAAGGCCCAAGGAACCCAAUGGAAAUCUGCUGCCAGUCAACCCGUACUCCUCUGAUCCACCAAGUCAGGCUGCACCUGGACAUGUUCCGAGUCUUUCUUAUGGUGCUAGCAGCAACAGGCCCUCGCAUCAGUACCAGGAGACGCUCAAGCGAGUCCCAGUCCCCACGCAGAUCUUCUCAAAGAGUGAGAUGACAGAGAGAAGUCCUGGUUUGGAUCUGAGCGACUGCAACACAGCCCACUCUGAGAGGACUGGAAACCAGUCCCCAGUGGUCACCACCUCAGACAGGCAGCUUGAAGAUCUAACAGUUGCAGAGCUUCGCGACGACACCUCGCACACUCCAACAUUCAAAAGCAGGGAUGAAUCUUCCCGUUUGUCUCUCCGUCGCCUUUUCUCCAACGUCACCAUAAGCAGAAAGCGGAGCAACAGCUUGGACCACCUGACUUCCCCACGUCGGUCCUCUUCACCCAACUGCAAAGAAAAAGCAAAGCCCAAGAAGAUGCAGUCUCUUGAAGCUGAAGCGGCAUUAGUGGGAUCUGCCACCCGGAGUGGCAUGAAGUCUCCUCCUUUGCUGAAGAAGUCACCAUCUCUCCAGUCACUCACUGUGGGGUCGCCAUUCUUGCAGUUGAGGAAGUCCUUGUCGGUUCAGAGCUUUGGAUCACAGCAAUGGAGGAAGAAGGAUCGGUCUGAGAACUACAAACCAGCGACAGAAUGCAUCCUGCAACGAUGUCUGAGCGUGGAUGAUGUGGGUCAGCCCAGUUCAAUGCGCUCAGUCGGCCGUGUUCUACAAGUCUGCUCUGACGGGACGUUUCUGAUCGAGCUCUGUCGAGCUUCCCAUGAAAAGUUUGGCUUCAUCAUCAGCAGAGGAAGAGGACGGCCUGACUCAGGUGUUUACGUGGAGGACAUGGUGGACACCAGCACGGAGAAGCUGUACGCCGGUCUGCUGUCAGUUGGGGACGAAAUUGUGGAGGUGAACGGAGAGAAAGUGGCCUGCCUCAGUCUGGACGAAGUCACCCAUCUGAUGACCCAGAACAUUACCACCACAGUUCGUGUGCUUCGGCACUGGAAACCGCCAUCACGGUGACCAGAACUCAAGUGUGCCAAAUUGACCUCAACCUAACUACAGCGCUGCUAAAGAUUAAUCUGAGAAACUGGACCAAGAAAUCUCCACACCGACGUUGCAAGGCCUUUGCUUUAGAUUUCAAUCCCCAAACUGCUACUUAAAAAAUACUACUGAAGUCACUCGACGAAAAUGCACUGCUCAGGCUACUACUACUGCUGUCUAACCCGGAUACACAAAGAUUUACUUCUGCAUUUCAAUAAAUGAUAAAGUCAAAACUAAAGAAUAUUAGCUUAGAGCCAGAGCCAGAGCUAGCUAGCUAGCAAUUACUGUUUGUAGCCCAAUACAAUUGCAUUGGCAAUGUGGUUCAAACUAGUCACGUUGAAUGAAUAUAUUUGGUCAUAUUAAUGCAUUAAACUUGACAGUAACAUACUUUAAAAGGUAUGUAACAACAAAACAGCUACAAUCGUCCUUGUCUUUAGAAAACCACAUUGCUGCUAACGCUAGCUGCCGAGGAACACACAGCUUAUGCCUGACGUGAUAUAUAAAAAAGGCUGCUAACUAUAGGUAACAACUACGCUUCAGCAAGUGAUGGUGCUUUAGCCAUUUCUUCGGUCACAUACUUUUUGUUUCGGCAGGUCCAACUCAGUUUUUUUUUCAGUUUAUCAAGUGAAACAUAGUAACAUACACAGCGAAAGGAGCGCCAUCCCAUGGUUAACCUCAACCUCCACCUUUCUUUAAAGUGGCCCUCUGUCCACGGCGUCAGGAUAUGCCGAUGGGAACGGACCAAAGAAGUGAAGCACAUUGGUUAAAAUUCCUGUCCAUUUAAUAUUUGAUCAUCGGUGGCACUGUCAUGGCAGAUUAGGCGAGGCAGAGUAGCAGAUGACAGAUUAUCACGAGCUCACCGUUGCAAUUUAAUCAGAUUAACGCCUCGCAAAGUGGAUGAAACAUUCAAUGCAUUUGUGCCAGACCCAACUCGAACUCACGCACGGUGGAGAUGAAGACAGAAGAUCGCACCUCGCGGUGCGGCCUGGUCCCUCGAGUGUGUUCCAUUGUUUUGAAGGCAGCGACGAAGUGUUAAAAAAUAUUCUGCAGUAUUUGUAUGCAAGUCAUGUGUCAACAAGAUCUCCAUUUUAUUUAUGAAUUAAAACAUGUU